AUAUAUAUUGUAAAAAUUACCCAAAUUAUUCCAUUCCAAAUCUGUUUUAACCAUUGCGUACACUUAAGGACAACUAAAUGUGGCUCUUUCAGUUGUUUGUCCUGGUGUUUGGAGAAAUCCCACGAGGCCUCUGUUGCAAGUCAAAUCAGUACAGUAAUCAUCCCAAACUUCAACUAAAAAUAAAUUAAUUUUAUUGUCCAUUUAAACUUUCAUAUGAUCUGCUUUAUAGUUAAACAUUUCACUGAAUAAUUAGCAUUAAAGUGAUUGUCUUGUUCAAUAUUUUAAAAACAUAAUAUGUAAUACUUGUGACUGUUACAUUAAGCACGCAAAUGCACUCACAAAAACACACCUAAUUAAUCACUGUGGGUUUUGAUAAUAUUCAAGAACUUAAAUGUUCAUCUCCUUAAAAGAAGUACCUUUCAAAAAAGAUCUUAAAUAGCAGGUCUUGUUCACAAAGUCCCUUGACUUUGCACUGUACCCUUUUCUGAUUUAUUGGCUUAUUAUAAUCAAUUUCUUCAAUUAUCUCUGAAGAUUGCCACUAUAUGGAGUCAUAUGCCUUAGCUUCCCAAUUCUGUGCUCUCUUUGCCACUGGACUUUUUUUCCCCCCUCUUCCUCUCCUUACCCAAAAUAAACACCAAAUCAUGUUUGGGAAAGCUUCUUGAGCUGUGACUUUGCUUUAUUUCCAUUGUUAGGCUUCUGGAACUAAGUUCUUAGCUGAAUUCAGGAUGUAUUCCUGCAAUUUAGCAUUUCUUGCUAUUGAAUUUUUCUUUAAAUUGAUUAACAGAUGUCAGUGUCACUUUAGUUCCCUUCCUCUUAAAUGGAAAACAUUUUGAAAAGAUAGUCUUUUGUUGCUGAUGGUCUAUUUUUGAGCAACCAACAAUUUUUUACUUCCACCCUGUUCCUUUACAAACGUGAAAUAGCUUUUUUUUGCUAUUUGUUGUAGGCUUGAAGAUAUUAUGAAGCAGUUUUCAAAUUGCUCAGCACUCUCCCUUAUGCUGGUGGUAGGGUGCUAUAUGCCGUGCAGUGGUACUUCUCCAGCAGUACGGGCAUGCUGCGGGAGAGGGACAUGUUGCUUAUUUCACAGUGAAAGUGUGAAGGUACUGCUGCAUUUUUUAGAAACCACACUUCCCCUACCACUAGUGAAUGACACCCGCUUUGAAUCCAAAAAAUCACUUAAGUGUUACUGAAAAACAUAUCUGAGAAACAAUGUGAAAUACUAAAUAAGUAUAACUAAGAAUUUCAGACUUUGCUCUCUAGUUUUGAGAGAUUGUGGGUAAUUAGUGAAAGGACUUUCUUGUAGAGAAAAGACUUAAUUGCAGACUUUAGGCUUAGGCUAUUUUAUUUUGCCUUGCUGACUGGUUUAUUCCAGCCUCCUUACUUGCUUUUCAGGGGGUUACACUCUGGGUUUUUGAGGAACUUCUUCGGUAAAUUACAGAUUAACUAGAUAGACAAGGUGGGUGAAGUGUAUAUAUCUUUGUGUUUCUCACCAACCAAAGUUGGCCUAUUAAAAUAUAAUACCUCAUCCACCUUGUCUCUGUAAUAUCCUGGGACCAACACUGCUACAACUCUGCAUGCAACAUAGAUUAACUAGCUUGCAUCUGUGAGAAAAUGUACAUAUUCUAGCCAGGCUGUCUAUUUUGUACCUGUGGUACCUCAGUUUUGGAUUUGGAAUCUUCAAGUGAUAUUUGUUUUUUGUAAAAUUGUAAGGCUGUUUUUGAGUACCUUCACUCUUGCAGUUUCAGCUGGUGCCGUCCUGCUUCUACCUUUUUCAAUAAUCAGCAAUGAGAUCCUGCUUUCUUUUCCACAAAACUACUAUAUUCAGUGGUUAAAUGGCUCUCUAAUUCAUGGUCUGUGGAAUCUUGCUUCCCUUUUUUCCAAUCUUUGUUUGUUUGUGCUGAUGCCCUUUGCCUUCUUCUUUCUGGAAUCAGAAGGAUUUGCUGGCUUAAAAAAGGGGAUCAGAGCACGUAUUUUGGAAACGCUUGUUAUGCUUAUUCUUCUUGGGCUGCUUAUCUUUGGAAUAGUGUGGGUGGCGUCAGCUCUCAUUGACAAUGAUGCCACCAGUAUGGAGUCUUUGUACGAUCUUUGGGAAUUCUACCUCCCUUAUUUAUAUUCCUGUAUAUCGCUGAUGGGAUGUUUAUUACUUCUCUUAUGCACGCCAGUGGGGCUUUCACGAAUGUUUACAGUGAUGGGUCAGUUGCUGGUGAAGCCAACAAUCCUUGAAGACCUGGAUGAACAGAUAUACAUCAUCACUUUAGAGGAAGAAGCAAUCCAGAGGAGACUAAACGGUGUGUCUUCUACUAUGGAGUACAAUACAGUGGAGCUGAGACAGGAACUUGAAAAUGUGAAGAGCAUGAAAACAAAAUUAGAGCGGCGGAAAAAAGCUUCUGCGUGGGAGAGGAAUUUAGUAUAUCCAGCUGUUAUGAUACUGCUGCUCAUUGAGACAUCCAUCUCAGUCCUCUUAGUUGCCUGCAACAUUCUUUGCCUGUUGAUUGAUGAGACUGCAAUGCCAAAGGGAUCAGGGGAGCCUGGAAUAGGAAAUGCCUCCCUAUCCACUUUUGGUUUUGUGGGAGCAGCACUUGAAAUCAUUUUGAUUUUCUAUCUUAUGGUAUCCUCUGUCGUCGGCUUCUAUAGCCUUCGCUUUUUUGGAAAUUUCACUCCCAGGAAGGAUGACACAACUAUGACAAAGAUAAUUGGAAACUGUGUGUCAAUCUUAGUGCUCAGCUCCGCUUUGCCAGUGAUGUCAAGAACACUGGGAAUUACCAGAUUUGAUCUGCUUGGAGACUUUGGAAGGUUUAACUGGCUGGGAAAUUUCUACAUUGUGUUAUCGUACAAUUUGCUCUUUGCUAUCGUGACAACUCUAUGUCUGGUGAGAAAGUUCACCUCUGCUGUGCGGGAAGAGCUCUUCAAAGCAUUAGGUUUAGAUAAACUUCAUCUGUCGAACAAUGCAAGAGACUCUGAGACAACAAAACCUUCUGCAAAUGGGCAUCAGAAAACACUGUGAGAAGCAAUCAUCUUCAAUCAAUAGAGCCGAAAACUUCAACCUCAUGACAUUCCUGUCAUCUUCAUCAAAAUAUCUUUGUAUUAAUUUCACUUGUUAAUUUUGGGUCCAAUCUUCUCUCACGUUUCACACUGUGUAUUUCUGAGAAACCAAGCUACUUCAGAUUCUACCAUUUCUGAUUUGAUUUUGUAUACUCCCCAUCAGUUUAUGCAGGAGGUGCCCUGAAGACUGGAAGCCGAGAAAAAUAACUAAUUCCUCUUUGGACAGAGCCUCAUGUUUCUAGAUAUGAUGCCCUACUACCAUGUUAACUGUACAAUACCUCCUCUGUGAUAUAAAUAUAAUGCUGGUGAACAACUCUGAGACUUGGAAAUAAAGGGUACAUUUGAAGCCCAAUAUAACUCUAAUUAGGAAUGUUUAGGUGUCUUUAACAGCAAGACACACUUCUUUUCUACUAAGAAUUCAUUAAAAAAUUGAAGUAAUUCGGAGAGAUCACUGUUACUUUCAUACAGGAUUCACUAGGCUGUAUGUAAUGUUUGACAUCAUGAAGCACUCUUACAGACCCAGCAUUGUAGGCUUUUUAUUCUUAGUUUUAAAUGACAGAAGGUAAUUUUCUUCAGUGGUAAUCGUAAGGUGUCUUAUCAAGUCUAAUGAACACAAGAUAAAUUCUAACAUACUUUUCCGUUAAAUCUGAACCCAGUAUGCUUUGUAGAAAGCUCUGCUGGCCUCUUAUUGUUAUAAUUCUUACAGUACUAUAACUUACAGUAAGUGUUAUGCCAUCGAGGUCAGUCGCCCUUCAAAAUAUACGCACAUAAACUUCUGUUAACUCUGUGUGCGUGCACACGCACGUAUCAACACAAGUAGCAUAGACUUAUGUCUAGUUAUCUGCAGUUGCACACAGUUUCCUUAAAGGUUUUCUGAGUUAAGUCCUGGUGAUAAUAGUGCAGUAUAUUGUAGCUCAGUGGUGCAAGCCACUCUCUUUCAUUAAUCUCUGUUUUUCACUAACCUCUUCAGUUUCUCUCAUAUAUAUGUACACACACACACACACAGAGGAAUGUUUAUAGCUCGGUGCAAGCCAUUAUUUUUCACUAAUCUCUUCAAGUCUUUAGUUUCUCUUAUAUACUAUAUAGUACUAUAUCUGUAUAUAUAGUACUAUAUAGUGUGUGUGUGUGUGUGUGUAGUAUACUAUAUAUGUUGAAUGCUAAGCUUACAGAAAUGAUGCAGUCAGUUGUGUCAGCAAAACCUACAGUUCAGUCUUUCUUGUGAGUAUGAAGCUUUCUGCAAUGUAACAUGAUUUAGCUGCUCUGAGCCCUUAGACCCAGAAUGGCACUGAUGAGGAGAAAUUCGGUAUUUUCUUUAGCAUUGCUAUAGAAUCAGAAGUCCUACAAGUAGUAUGUGACAAUCACAGGUCACUAUUAAAAUAUUUAUACUUAUGCCUGUUGUCCAACACUGCUGCACUAACACUUGACUUGAAAAGAGGAAGUAUAAAGACUCUAAGGAGGACCAUUGCAUGUAUAUGUGUGUUCUGUAGACAGAUCAGGCAAGGUUACUAAAACUUUUUUUGGUAAGUUUAAUGUUUCUUCUUUCAUAUUUAUGUAAAACUGAAAUAUGUCCACUUGAGGUCUGAGCCCUUCCACUCAAUCAAACCAUGAUAAUGGGCUUAUAUCCAGUAAGAUUCUGAAACAAGUUAGUCUCUUCUGAUGUCAAGUAUCUCUUAUCUGUUCUCUUCCUGAGUAAUGUCUGAGUUCUGGACUUACACUUAAUGAAAUAUGAAUGAGAUGGGAGCUUAGUGGAGUGCUUCACAAGCAAACCCCAAGUAACAGCCACAAAAAUAAUGGUUUCCUGAAGUGGCCUUUUCUGAAUGGAAAUUGGGCAUAAUAUGAAUACUGUUGCAAUAAUUUCUGAGCUAUAUCUACUGUUUAUUAAGUUUAUUAAUAAGCUAUAUCUACUGCUUAUUAGGUUUGGGUAUGUUGUACCAUUUUUGAGAGAGUAAAAUUGCUAGUUUUUAUUGAGACUUACAAGCAUCUUUUUCUGUUGCUUACAUUUAUUGUUGAGUUUUUGGACAGCAGAAAUUAUUUUUCUCUCCAUUGAGGCAAAGUUCCAACCAAGAACAGAUAACUACACCUAAAUUACUUCUAAAAAAAAAAUGGAUUCACGUUAUAAACAUUACAAGAUUUAUUAGUAAAAGCAUUGACUCCUUGUAUCCGUUGAGAGUGUAUGGGCUUAUGCAUUAGAAGUGUAAAGAAUGAUAAUAUAAAUUAUCAACUUUUUAUCUUUGGAAAUGAUAAUAUGACUAUAAUUGUACCAUAUCCCCACUGGGAGUGUGGUAAAUUGUGACAUAUGAUAGGGUUAGUUAAUUUUAUAAAACAUAUUCCAGCUUUCUGUAACACUGACUUUAAGGUAGUUGCCUCAGUAAGAUUUUUUUUUGAUCAGAUCCCCAGAUGAAAUUGUCUGCAUAAAGAUCAAAAAGCAAAAUUUCUGCUCAAGCUCUGGAUGCUUUCUGCCUUAAUUUUGAUCUUCAUCCUUCUCUCAGUAUUGAGUCCACAGCAGAAACGGACUGUUUUUUUUUUGAGGGCAUAUGUGUUCUGUCAAUAAUCCAAGGAAAUUAAGAAAAAGUCAAAUAAUUCACCAUGCUUAUAUAUGAUUCCCCAAAAUGGAUUGUGUUUGGCUAGUGAGUUGUGUGGAGGCAAGCUCCAGUAGAUAGGUUCACAAAUAGUAAGAAUACAAAUUAUAGUAUGUAGGCAGAAAAAGAGGAAAGACUUGCACUGUUUUCCCCCUUGUCUUAGUAUUUCUUUUCCUUCCAAAACAAACACUGCAGCAUACUGAUUGCACUCCGUCUAGUGGGUUGUGCUUUGAAUCUUAGAGUCACAGAUAUGUAUUGGUUAAAAAGCGUACUUAAAUAAAGACACUAUAUACUGGAAGGAAGGCAAAAGUUUAGGUUCAGUGUGGUUCUUACAGUGGAUUAAUCUUCAGAGAAAGCCCAACCUUUCUGUAGCUGCUGACAGUGUUUUAACGUCUACUUUUUAUAUUGUGACACUGUCUACAUUAAAAGUCCUGAAACUGACAUUCUGUAUGCGAAACUUUUUACAGAUACAGUGCUACUUUCAAACGUAAAUAUAACACAUUGGUCGUAUAGUCACAGAAGGGUAAAUUCAUUUACACAGAAGCAAUGGAGAAGUCAUUAAUGGAUAUUGACAGUGCACUUCCAAUGUUUUGUCUCAUGUAGUCAGGUGGUCUGUACCUCCUUCAGGUGUAUACAGCAGAUCUUGGUGACGUCAACAUCUGCCUCAUUUUUUAUGAGGCUAAAGCACAGAGAUGCUCCUGUCUCAAGAUAAACAAGAUACAUUUUUGGUCUGAUUUGUGGUAUGUGAAUUAAGUCUCUUAAGUUAGCCACCUCUUGGCUUUCUCCUGUGUUGGUAGCACAAUAUUCAAUGCAUAGUGGCAGGAUUGUUGUAAUAUGGUGGGAUUUUUAAGUGUAAGCACAUCUUCCGUAUUUACCUUUUUAAGGUGAAAAUUAAAUUGGUAUGAUGUUACUUUAGAAGUAACGAUUUUUGGAUUCAUAGGAAACUUUGUUUACAGAUUGUAACGGUGUUUACUGUUGGCCCUGCUUCUCCGAUAUCUUUGACACAGUCGACUGGUCUAGUGUCAUAGAAAUUAAAGAAUUUAACAAGAAAUUAUUUUGUGUUUUGGUUCAGAAGUACCGUGUUAAAGCUUCACCAGUAUCACCAACCACUGGAGCUGUGGGAGUAUUAAUCCUCCAUGCUCCCGAAGCCUCUUGUAAUCAGAUACAGUAUAGCGUGCCUCCUGUGUGCGCAGUGCUGUGCAAACCAGGGAAGAGGUGGUCCCUGCCCUGAAGAGUCUGCUGUCUAAAUUAGACACGGGUAAGGCAGUCCUUAUUUACUGAAUCUACAUCACGGUACACAUGAGAAAUGGAUAGAAGGUAAAGUUUUCAAGAUGAAUUUUUAUAUCAAAUAUGGGAUUGUCUGGAUGAGUCUCUGCCAGUGUUCACAUACGUUAGGUUGAUGUCUUCGCGACGGUAUUGUGGGGGACCUAGAGUAAACCAUUUAGUCAUAAAAUAUAACCCUAGCCCUUCCUGUUCCCAAAGAAACAUAAGGAUUUAAGGUCACUUGCUCUCAAUCUGUACUAUUUUUCCUUGAAUUUCAUAAGUAUAACAUGAUACCCUUUAGCCCAAAUUGUCAAGAGUUUUGCAGAAAGCAAUGCAUGUAUCUGUUCUAGGCAAUUCAGUCUUGCUUCUAUUGUGUUCUAAAUAGCCCAUCUUAUUGCAAAGUAUUAAGCCCAAAGAGUAUCACUGAAUCUUUUCUUGCAUCUUACACAUGCUCAGAUGAAACUAGAGCAUGCUGUUUUUAAAACAUACAGUAGUAUAACUCAUAUCAGGUGAUUUUACAUGCAUAAUUAGGACAAUACAGUUAAUUUAAAAAAAAAAAGAAAUAUACUUCAUCUUGUUCAGAAAAACAAAUUAGAUACUUUUAACACUGUGAUCCCUGGCAUUUUCAAAUGUCAAAAUAAGGUCUUUUAGUCAUUGAUAAUGUUCUGAGGGAUAUUCUUGUCAAAAAAGCCAGCAUUUACAGAUACUAAAAUAAAUGUGGCAUUAGCCUUAGAGUAGCAUAUAAAUCAGACUACCUCUGGUAUCAAAUAGGUGUGCAAAUGUACUGAUUAAAUGUGCCACUGGCAGAAAAGUGCUUUUUUAAAGGAGCUGAUGUUCUCUUGUAGAUGAAUAUUAACUGAGUUAUUUCAAGCUCUGCUUUGAGUGCAUCACAGUCAGCAAGGAUGCACAGAGGAAAGAGCUGACAUCCACGGUGUUCUGAUGCUGGCUCCAUAGCCCUGGAAUACAUUGGCUUGCAGCAAAUUAUGAGAAACCCUCACCACAUCCGGCCCCCCCGCCUCCUCCCCACAUUUUUUGUUUUUAAACAAAUCUCCAACUCCAGCAUAUAGGAAGUUGCGGAACUCCCUUUUUGUCAUAGUCUGGUUUGUCCUUCUCCCCUGCCACACAACUCCAGACUUUGACUGAGGCUGGGACCCUGCAGUUACUAAAGGAUAUCUAGAGGUUUUGAACUGUGCUCUAUGUGGAGCUGGUUUGUCCUAUGGUGCUCGCUAGUCAGUAUUUUCCUCCGGGAUGUCGUAUGAUUAUGAAUGGGAGGGAUGUGGUCUGUAUAGUAGUAAACAAGAGGGCACGUUGUCCAUGAGACAAACUCUUACAUGUUCCACAUUAGGAUUAAAAUUUUGAGGACCCUGGUAUACUUGUAGGAAAGAGUAUCCUGUGGGGAGGUGGACUGGUCCUGAGCCUGACCUUCAGGACACCAAGUUACAAAAUAGUUGUAAACACUUUUACGGGGUUUUGGUACCUUCUGCAUUACCAGUGAUGACAAUGUGAAUGGUCUUUUUUCUUCUAACUGGUUGACCUCUAAAAACGGAGUUUUCAUGUAACAGAAGCCCACGUUUCCAUUAGGUACAUGGAACUUAUGAAUCAGAUGAUGCUUUCUUCUGGAUUGGGCCCUGCGUUCUUAAAACUUAACAUUUUGACUCCCUUUUCCUUUUCAUGUACUUCAGUAGGUAAUAUCAUUCAGUGGCUUCAAACUGUCAAUAAUAUGUACUUCAAACAUAAGAUUUUCACCUUUGCCUGGAUAGACAAGAUGGGAAAUAAGAGAACGAGUUAAUCUAAAUAGAACUCGGAUGUCUGAUGUAUAAUGGUACUAAUUAGCCCCCCCAAACUGCAAGUCCUGGGCACGUGCAGAAUUUUCCCCCCACACGAGGCCCCAUUGGCCUGACUGGAGCAGCUUCUCCAAAUAUAGAGUCAAACUACACCUAUGCUAAUUAGCAGGAAGUCUAAACGUGAAAUCCAUUGUUUUCUAGAAUACUUUCCUAUUCCACUAACUUAAGAUUCUCUUACUGUACUUUCUUCCACAGAUAAGUUUUCAGCUUUUAUUUUUGAUUAAAUAGUAUGUGUCAACAAGUUGCCCUUAACUUAUAAUGUACAGAUGUUUAAGUUAAAUAGAAUUGCAGAAAAUGUUACAAAAUAACCAUCUACUUAUGGUUGCAAGGCAUUUUACAGGAGAACAGUAGCUUUGGUUUCAAUUACAAGUAAUCUAUGAAGUGUAAGGAUAGCUGCAAGUUUUAGUAGCAAAGUUGUUUUUUAAUUAAAAAUAGGAAAGGUGAAAUAGGAUCUUAAAUUCUGUACAACCGUUGCUUGCCUAAUUUAUUGUUCAUUCAUGGACUUUUCCUAAUAGCCACUUUAUUAGCCACUUUUAUUAAUAAUUCAGAUUUAUAUUUGUUAGCUUUAAAUUUGAAACCAAAAAUAUCUGUUUCAACUACACUACAGGUUGAUUCCAGUUGGGCAAAAUGGCUGAAGAGUAAUAAAAGAGAAAUCCUUUAACAAAUGUAAUAGAAGUAAAUGCUGAUGAUCUCAGCCCAACAUACUUGGAUGAGAGCUAUCUAAAAGUUGUAUCUGAUCAAAAUUAAAACUUUGUUAUGAAACCCCAAUUUUUGAAAACUGUUCGGAUGUCUACAGAGAAGUUUGUAAAAUCUGGGGGUAUCUAUAUCAAAUGUUUUUAAAUAAUACAUAAUUAUGCUGUCUUUCUAGAUAUUUGUACUAGUCAUUUCAACAUGCUGCUCUUCUAUUUAUUCCAUUAAAUAUAAUUUGUAUACAAAGUAACUUUUUAAAGGUCAUUAUAAGGUUUCCUUCAUGAUCAGGACUUUAGCCUGCCUACCCCAUUCACUCAUCACUUCCAUUUGCUUCAAGGAAUGAAAGCUCAGGACAUCAGCUUUGAUUUUAUUUAAUGCUCGUCUGCUCCCCCAGUAGUCCCAUAUAAGGUUUCUUAGUACAAGUAUUUAUACUCUGGAAAUACCAGUACUGUCUGGUCAUUCAGUUGUCACCACAGAAUUCCAUUAAAAUAAAGACUGGUCACUUAAUAUGCCCCACCUCACUGGAGAUAAAAAAAUGAAUCUGUUGGUACAUCAAUAUAUAGCAGCUCUUUACAGUUGUGAUUACCAAGCCAAACAUACUAUCGCACCAAGAAAUGAAGGGUUUUAUUCUGUACUUUGUGUUGUGUUUCCUUAAUUGCUCAUUAGGAGCCAAAAAGUGAGUGAUGCUGCGUGUGUGUAGUUUGGCCUUUGUCUAUAUUGGAGAAAAUGUAGAAAACAUGCCAACUAACACAUUUCAGACAGCAUGAUGUUAAAGAUGAUGACCUUGCUUUUAGUGUGGAUAAGAUGGUCAUGCUAAAAUGCUUAUGGGCAAAAUUCUGUUUAACAUCCUGCUAACUGAAACAUGUUUUCUAACACUAAAGCCUUUUCCCAGUUCAGAAAAGCUACACAAAAUCUUCUGGUUUCAAGUACAAUGAAAAAGUUGUGAACAAAAAAUUCAACCAUUGCCCAGUUUUUAAAGGUAACCUUAAAAUAUUUUGUCUUAUCUGGUUUCGAUUGGUAUAGAAAUUUAGAAAAUGAAGAUAUGUUAGGAUUGUGGAUUUAAAAUUGUAGCCUGUGACCAAUACAGCAAUACACAUACACAAACUAAAAAUACAGAGUAUUUAGGUUCCUCUAUCUAUAUGCAAGAAUGAUUUCCUGACUCAGGCAAAACGCCCAUUGAACUCAAUGGGCUUGUCUAUGCUAAGCUUUUUUAAAAAAGCAAAAUCCCAGGGGUUGCACUGCCAUGGGUGGGAGUACACCCAAGGCUCAGACUGCCACCAGCGUUCUUAUAACUUUAUUGUCGAGGCAUGCUUUGAGGAGGGUUAGAUGACAUCAUAAAAAUACCACCUUUUCUGCAUUAGACCAUACAUAUGCACUAAUGGUGGUGCAACGGCAGAUCAAAAAAAGUAAUACAGGUUCAGCUAAUUAGUGGGCAUUUUUCCUCAUGCAGGUUCAGGCUCUUUCAUUCCAAUCUUAACAGUGUAGGUCUGUCUUUGCACAAAUUUAUGCAUUCUUAACUUUUAAGCAUAUGUGCAGUCCUGUUGAGUUCAGUGGAACUACUCACAUGCUGAAGUUAGGCAAGUGCUUAAUUCUUUGCAGUAUCAAGGCCUUAGUUAACUAAAAACUUUUGUAUGUGGGCAUUCUCAUAUCUUGGAAGCAAAAUAUGUCUGAAAAAUGUUUUUAGCACUAAAGUAACUGUUACCAAUCUGUAGCAGAUGCAUCUUCCCCACUAAAUCCUUGAGGUUAAUUUAAUUUAGGUCAUCAGAAAAUGUGUACUUUAUAAAAUUUUCAGUUGUGGUUACCUUGCAGUGUUACAAAACUAUAUGAAAACUGCCUUUUUAGAUGGUUUGAAUGUCACAGUACAAUAGUGAAAAGGAGUAGAUUUAGUAUCUUUUCCCUUUAUUUGAAAUGUCACAAUUUGUGUGUUUUUAGUAAUAUUUUUAUUAAACUCUGUUUUCAAUGAAGUCAAACUGUGAUUUACAAUGUGCUUUUUUUGGUCAACGUUUGUAUUAAAAAUAAACGAUGGACUUUUGAGUCUUUGUAAGAUGUU